UCUUUCUCACUGCUCCGGGUUUGCUGAUGUGAAAUGAGGAAGUUACACUCUGCUCUAGUUUCAUUAUGGAUGUACUGAAUAUUCUUGCAGCUUACAACUAUUUCCAUUACAUCAGGAUAUUGUGUUGUCAGUAACAAGUGAUGAAUCAUGUCAAAGGGGGAAACAUUGUCUGUUAAAGAGGUGCUGUGGAAGACACUGGAAGAUUUGGGAGAUGAAGAUUUCAGGAAGUUCAAGUGGUUCCUGCGGGACUCUGACAUCCUGGGAGACCUCCCAGUCAUUCCAAAGAGCCAACUGGAGAAAGCAAACAGGAAGGACCCAGUGGAUAAAAUAAUCCAGACGUACAACCCGCAGUCUGUAGAGGUAGUGAAGAUGAUUCUAGAGAAGAUCAACAGAGCUGAUCUGGUGGAGACAUUGUCAUCAAGCUUCAGAACAGGAGAACAAGAAACAGACCUGGACUGUUUCAGAAGAGGCUCUGCUGGGACCUUCUAAAGCUCUGUAAGUGGACCAAAUCAAUUGUUAUGACUUCUCUUUGAGUAAUGUAAAAUAACAGAUGCCGAGUGCUUUCACCUCUAUAAAACUGUUUGAAUGUGACUGUUGAAUUGAGUUCUGUUUUGACAAUUCAACAUUGACUUACUAGCAAAAGUUUAAUGAAUGAUUUAAAUCUAAAUUAUUUUAACAGUUAUUUGAGAAGAAUCAGAAUCAGAAUCAGACAUACUUUAAUAAUCCCGUGGGGAAAUUACUUGUAGGGGGGGAGGAAAAGGGGGAGAAAACAAGAGGAGAGGGGAGAAGAGAGUAGUCUUUAACCCUAUAACGCCAAACGUAUCAUAUGUGAUACAUGAGUUUUUGAGCCCUCCACAUGAGCAGUGUGACAAUUUUUUUUCCCUGAAAAACCCGAUGUAUACCAUUAUAUACAUGCAGUGCCCAGAUAAUCCACCAGGGGGCAGUAAUCUGCUCACUAGAGGGUUUUCCAGCCAUGCUACAAGACUGCCAUUAAUCAGGAAGUGGACACGUGGUUUCUUCCAGACUUCCCUGCCAGUUCCAUUGCUGCAUUGCUUUUGUUGGAUUUGUUGGAUUUGUUUGUGUAUUUUUUGUUCAAGACAAAAAAGAAUCUUUGAGCAUUGUGACCCGCUGUAUCAAAUAUGAUACAAAUUAAAACUCCGAUAUGGAAAUUGAUAUUUGAAUUUUUUUUUGUUGGUAUGUUCAGAAGGACCAAUAAAGGCUCCAGUUUCAAAGAA